GGAGGGACCUCUGUGGACACAAAAGCCUGAUGGUGCAGCCAGGAGUGACAGAAAACGACAGAGAAGCCAAAGGAGCAGGUAUCUGACUCUACUCAAGCCAUGGGAAGACCAGAGCAGCUGUAGGAGACGCAGGAACUGAUAGAAGUUCAUCAGCAGCUCUUCAUCUGACAGAAGGGUUGGACUUGUGGAUAAAGGAAUCCUACUCCUGGAGAGACAAAUCAACUGGCUUUAGUGGUGCAUAUCAAGGAGAAAACUACAUCAAUGAGGACACCUGGCAUGGCGGUAUUCAAGCAGCAGAAUGUGGACGAUUUCUAUGAAAUUGGAGAAGAACUGGGAAGCGGGCAGUUUGCAAUUGUCAAGCGCUGCAUAGAGAAGAGCACAAGAACCGAAUAUGCAGCCAAGUUCAUCAAGAAGCGGCAGAGUCGGGCCAGCAGACGGGGAGUCAGAAGAGAGGAGAUUGAGAGGGAAGUGGACAUCCUGCAGCAGAUUCAACACUCCAACAUCGUAGCGCUGCAUGACGUGUACGAGAACCGCACAGAUGUGGUGCUCAUCCUCGAACUGGUCUCUGGAGGGGAGCUGUUUGAUUUCCUGGCUCAGAAGGAGUCUCUCAGCGAGGAAGAGGCCACUCAGUUUAUCAAACAGAUCCUAGAUGGAGUCCAGUACCUCCACUCCAAGAGGAUUGCACAUUUUGAUCUAAAGCCUGAAAACAUAAUGCUGCUAGACAGGAACGUUACUCUACCCCGCAUCAAGCUCAUAGACUUCGGCCUGGCGCACAAAAUAGAAGCUGGGGCAGAUUUCAAAAACAUUUUUGGUACUCCUGAAUUUGUUGCUCCGGAGAUAGUCAACUAUGAGCCGCUGGGAUUGGAGGCAGACAUGUGGAGCAUCGGAGUCAUCACUUAUAUACUUCUGAGCGGUGCAUCUCCUUUCCUUGGUGACACGAAGCAGGAGACACUGGGAAACAUAUCAGCGAUGAACUACGAGUUCGAUGAAGAGCUCUUCAGCAAUACCAGUGAGCUGGCCAAGAGCUUCAUCAGACAGCUCCUGGAAAAGGACACGAGAAAGCGGAUGACUAUACAAGACACCCUCAAUCAUCCUUGGAUUAAGUCCUGUGGCCACAUAGAGGAGCACAGCGCUGCCCCCGAGGCCGAGAAGAAAGCGGAGCAGCUGAAGACCAUGCGUCUUAAGGAGUACACCAUCCAAUCGCACUCCAGCAUGCCUCAGAACAACACGUAUGCCAACUUUGAGCGUUUCGCCCAUGUUGUGGAGGACAUCAGCUUGAUGGAGACGGGGCUGUCAGAGGUGGCGGGAGCCCACCACACCCUGCAGGGCGACAUAGAAGCUCUGCUCUCCAUCUACAACGACAAGGAGGCCUGGUACAAGGAGGAGAGCGAGACUGCCAGGAAGCAGCUCUCCCAAGCCUGCUAUGAGUUUCGCAAAGUGGAGGCCACCAGGAGGCUGCUGCAGGAGGACAUGAAGACCAUAGACGCCACUCUGGAGAGCAUCAGCGGGAAGUACAACCACAGGCAGAGCCAGCUGGACUCUCUGAGGCAGGAGCUGAACUCUGAGCUGCAGUGGCUGCAGGAGGUGAUGAGCUCUCUGCAUCCUGACGGAGCCAACGGCAGCAUCCACAGCAGCAGUCUGAGUACAGACGUGAAGCAAGCGCUGAAGGAGCUGCUUCAUCAGUCCUGUGGAGGGGAACUGCGCCCCGAGGCCGAGCAGUCGCUAACAGAGUCCGGCUAACACGCACCAGUGAAGACACACUUUCACCGACCUUCAAAAUCUUAAUGUGUUUUUGAAAAUUAGACCGUCGUUUGAAUUCAACACAUUGUUUUGGGGAUUUUUUGCAACUGCACAAACCUUUGAAUGUAUAGUCUUUAUAUUUUCUUUAUUUCUAGAUUUUUUCUUGUGUAAACAAGAAUAAACUUCAUUGUGUUCGUUAAACAACAUUUUUCAGGUCGAGGAAUAGUAGGUGUACAGAUAGGCAUGUGGGAAAUGUGCUCAAUGCAUUCUCUUAAAGGACAAUACCAUACCUCAGCUUUGAUGUUUGUAGGGUUAAUGUGGAAGUAAAGGUACAAACCAGUUAGCUUGGCUCAGCACAAAGUCUGGAAACAGGGGAAAAGGAUAGUCUGCUUUGUCUGAAAGUAAAGAAAAAAUCUGCACACCAGAACUAAUAAAACUCUUAAAUUUACACAUUAUUUCUUGGAUGUUUAAGCUGCACAGAAAUCGCAGCACAAUUAAUUUUUUGUUCCAUUUAAACAAAUGAUUUGGAACACAAAUCUUUUGUCAUUCUGGAUGUUUUUACUUCUGAUCUCAAGCUAAGCUAAUGUCUGGCUUCAGCUUCCACUUUAAUGCACAUAUUUAAGAGGUAUGUAUCUGAAAUCUCUGCAAGAGAGCAAGUAGUCAUAUUUCCAAGCUAUCAAACUGUUCCUUUAAGUGGAAUAUUUAUGCAACAACACUAGUACUUACUCUUAACUUGAAGUGAUCGAUAAUUAAACUCAUUUAUUUAUGUAUCGCUCCUGUUUCAGUGACUUUUGUAGAUUUUAGCUGAACAAGUUGUACUAAUAAAAAUAGAUAUUACUUAUGAAGAUUUUGACUGUGCCACAUGCUAGAAUAAGACACAGGGUAAAGCAUUAGUUCUUCUCAAUGGAAUGUAUCAAAAUUUCAAAUUUAUUGAUUCAUUUUUAUUUUUCAUUUUAUUGUCUUUAUGCGACUGUGUAUUGAUUUAUUUUUUUAAACAAUGGUUAUCCAUUUGAAAAAUUAUAUGUAUACUCAUGACGGUUUUGAAAGAAAACUAUUUUAAUGAAUCAAAAUGUGCACUUUUUUGUAAGUUGAAUGUAUUUAUUUAUUCUGGAGAAUCUUUUUUUUAUUAUUUCUUUCUUGGAGAUGUUCUAUAAGCUAACAGUAAAAACAACAUCUGUGAUCAGAUCUUGUGUGUUUCUUACUUCCUUGUCGGUGUUUUUUAAGCACCUCAACACACUUUUUGCUCCACCUUUCACGUGCACGCUGAAAUAAAUCUCAGUCAUUCACUGUGUAUCCAGUUUCCAGAUUCCUGUGAUGUGUGAUCUGAGAUUUCAAUCAUUUUCCUGUUGCCAAAAUUAGACUAGUUUUUCAGCACAAUGUGUUUGAAACUGCUGGAAUGUUUCACUUUGAUGUGAGAGAUCCUUCCUGUGGAAUUUCAUCCCUCAUUGUGUC